AUGGAUAGCUGUGGCGUAAAAUCCGUUCUAAACUUCCGUGACGUCGGUUCUACGGUUAAUAGCUUUCUUGGGCGCAGACUCAUCCGGGAGGGCUUGCUUUUUCGUUCCGCGAGACCAGAUGACGCCUCGUUAGAGGACAGAAAACGCCUCCGGGAUGACUUGGGUAUUAAGGCGGUAGUAGACUUGCGCACCAAGACUGAACACGUCAGGCAGGCAAAAAAGCGCAAGGCUGAUGCCCAGAUUCCCGCACUCAUACAGUCCAACGCAGCAUUGGCAGAGCCGGUCCAGAUAUCGGGCCUAAGAUAUCACGAGAUCAAAGUUACAGGUGGCAACUUCGAAUGGUUCUUGGUCUCACAGGUAUCCUGGUGGGGAUUUUUCCGUCUCAUCUUCUUGUUCAUCUUCGGCUAUCGCAAUGAGGGUAUCUCCAUCCUCUCCCGUGAAGUCAUGCUGCCCCGCGGCCUGGUAGGUCUCGGCCUUGACACACUAGACCAAUCUGGGCCAGAAGUUGCCAAGGCCCUCAGAGUCCUUCUCGACCCGGUAGGCUCGCCCACUCUGGUACAUUGUACACAGGGCAAAGAUAGAACGGGACUCAUCGUUGCUCUUGUUCUGCUAAUCCUCGACGUGCCACUCAAAGCCAUAGAGUAUGAUUACUCGUUGACCCAGGGUGCGCUCGAGUCUGAGAGGGAAGAGAGACUGAAAGAGAUGAGAGAAAUUGGUCUGACAGACGACUGGUUUGACACGGCGCCGGACAUGAUUGCCAAAAUCGCUCAACAUCUUGACAGUGUCUUUGGCGGAGUUCAAGGAUAUCUGGACAUGAUUGGUUUUAACCAAGAUGACCGCAGAAGGUUGAAGGAGCUUCUGCUGUACUAA